UUUUGUAAAAUGAAUGCUGAGCUCAAAACUACACAUUUACUGUCUGGAAUAAGAGAUCUAUCCUCACGUAAAAUGAGAUUUAUUUCACCAUCAAAUUGGAAGAGGAAUCAGAGGAAGAAAUUGAAUAUUAGUUUUCCUACUGCAAGCUCAUGUGUUACGAAUCAAAAUAUUUUGAGGUAAUUUUUCACUUUCCUCACUGAUCUCUGGCAAUAUAGAGUCUAUAUGAACCGCCUUCCAGAGGUUGUAAAGCGGCCUGCAAGAGCUAGAGGGCAGAAAGCCAUGUCUCAAAGAAAUCGAAACAAAAAAGAAUUUAGAUCAGUAGGACCAGAUGAUAAAUAAGACUAGAAUGCUGAUGAAAUUCGCUUACAGAUCUCCUCGCAGGAACAACAGAAGUCGUCUAAAUUCCUUAGAGAAGAGGAAGAUCAUCGAAAUGCCAAGUAUCGAGAGAACUCCAAUCCUUAACAGAAAAAUUUGCAGCAUUUCUAAGCCAAAAGAUCUGCCUACCAAUCAAGAAUGAGCUAGAAACACUGUAUUAGAGACCAAGACAGAUGAGUCAGGUAAAACCGAGAUGAAACAGCAAAUCAGAAAGCUUAUUCAACAGAAGAAGGCUAAAUUUGACAAUAUAUUCCAAAAGGUAAUAAUGGCUGUUAUUACCGAGAAUGGUAGAUCCAGUCUUACUGUAGCUCGACUUCCGUGGGCUAUAUGCCUAGAGUUAAUAUCAUUCAGUCUAAUUUCUUACAGGAGUUCAGCAACUUUCUUAUUAAAAAUCCUGCUGAAAGAACAAAGACAGCAGCCGAUCAAUUUAUGAGAACUACCCGCUCAAAUUUCUUCAGAUGAAAAAGAGAGGGUGAAAUCACCAAAGAUCAUACUGAAAGUUAACUGAGAUAUCUCAAGCCGGAAUAUCUUUUUCAAGUAAAAUACCACAUCCAAUUUCAA